AUGGACACCAUGAAGGCUUCUGCACAGCAGUUUCAAAGCGAUCACUAUAAGGUGAUUAUUGGAUUGAUCAAUUUGGCCUUUGUUGUUCAUACUAAUCCCGAGAUGGGAAAAGAAAUUGCCACGAAAGGAGCCAAACUGUACAAAAAGACUACUCAAACAAAACGUACCUUUGUAGAACUCUUCAAUGGGAGCAAUAUAUUUGCAGAGGAUGAUCCGAUGGUGUGGUCGCAUCAACGCCACUUGAUCGAGCCAAGCUUUGCUCCUGAAUCAUUGCGUAUGGUCUCAUGUGUGACUGAAGAGACCUUACGGAACGACAUGUUUCCCUACUUGAAUGAAAACUUGAAGAGGAGAGAUGUCAUGUCCGAGUUUGCAAAACUCACCAUGGAUGUGAUUGGAAAAGCUGGCUUUUCGUAUCGAUUUGAUAGUUUCCAUUCAAGAGAAGAUACGCUCGAACAAAAGACCAACUUUUUCAUGCAAUAUGUGGAUGCUUUGAGAAUACUGCCCACUCGAUUUUUGAGAAAGCACUUCAAAGUGGGACUCUAUGCCAAGCUACAUGAUUCGGUAGAAUCUUUCCAACAUGUGAUUAUGGAUAUUAUUCGAAAGAGAGAGCUCGAAGAGAGUUCGUUGGAAAAUCGUGCUGAAAAGGAGGACAAGAGUGACGUCUUGUCAUUGUUAUUGCGUGACCGAAAAGUAAGCAAGAGAGUAGCGGAGGAAGUCUCACGGAUGAUGAGUUGGUUUCUAAUGCGUUUGUCUUGCUUGUGGCAGGACAUGAGACGACUGCACGAAACUUUCGAUUAUGAAGACUUUCAUUCUGGAAGAUUGGAUAACAUCAAAGCAGUUUUUAGGGAAACUCUUCGAUUGUAUCCUGUGGCCAUUGGAAUUGUAAGGGAAUUGGUGAAGAAUAUUGAAUGGCACAAAAAAACAAUUCCAAAAGGAACUCUUUUAGUAUAUUCAUGGGUUCUUUCCAUGAUGAGUGAAGAACAUUGGGAGGAUCCAGAAUCUUUCAAGCCCACUCGAUUCCUGAAAAUGGAUUCAAAGAGUAAGGAUGAUCCAACACUUGGAGAAAUUUAUAAUCCCCAGUCGAAUCCAUUUAUUUAUACACCUUUUGGAAUUGGAGGAAGAAUAUGUAUUGGAAAAAGCUUUGCAGAAGUUGAAGGGGUAAUUACUGAAUUUUAUGUGCAAGAUUCCGUACUGCAAACGUUUAAAUCAAUUGUCAAACAAGGAGAUGUCUAUGUCGAAUCAGCCUAUCAUCAAUUGAUGAAAAGUAUUUUACCAAUGAAGAACUCCACGAGACGAUAUUUAGCACUUAUAUUUAUUCAUGAAUGUAUGAGGAGUAAAACCUUUAGAGAAAUCAGCCAUGCUGUUGAGGAAAAAGCUCUCGAACAUAUUGAGCAGUGGAGUGAAGUUUAUGGUGAUGUGUAUCCUUCGUUUAAGAAAGGUCAUGACUAUGUGGAAAAGGUUUUAAAAUUUCAAUUUCCAAAAUUGAGAGAACAUCGUUUGGAUACGGCUCGAAUUGAGGCCGAAAGAAAACGUCACACUCAAAUCAUACUGAUGCAAAAGUUUAAAAAGAUUCGAGAUGAAGAAUUUGAUGAACAAUAUAUUCAUAUUGAGGUUUGCUUGAGGCAACUCGAUGCUUGCUUGAAUCAAAUUGUUCCAACCUUUGAGAACAUGAUGAAAGAUGCUCUGCUACAGGAAGAGAAGGCUGAGGAAGAAGUUAAAAAUAAUAGACAGGAUACUAUCGUGUUGCAACAUGUCAAUGACGAUUCAACGGUGACUCUUGAUGCUGACCAUUCGUCAUCCUCAAGUGCAGUAGCAACCAUAUUUGAAAUGGAGAAUACUAGCUCUCACACCACAACAAUGGAGAGCGUCAGCCGUCAAGUCUUCCUUUUAGAAGAAUAUGACCAAUAUGAAGAAGAAGAAGAGGACCACAAUCCAGAGAAUAAUGAGGAAAAUGAAUGGGAAGAAGUAAUGAUUGAAAAGAAUGACAAUCAGAGUGAUGAAAUGGAUAUGAUCUUUUCAAGCGCAGAAGAAAUGAUGCGAGAUGUUGGAAUUUUUUCGAACGAUUAUGAAAUUAUGAUUGAUUUGAAGGAUAUUUUCAAAGAUAAUGAGACAGUCGAUAAUGAGGCAUUAUUCGAAAUUUGUAAGGAAAAUUUACAUGCCCUUAAAAAUCUAUCUUCCUCAAAUCAAAGAAUGGAUGCGAAUAAUGACAAGUGUUGA